AUGGCUGCUGAAGGUCAGGAGAUCCCAGAGGAGGUGAAGGCGGAUCAGGUUCCCGCACAGGAAGGAGGUGAUGAUGAGGAGGAAAUUGCAGCCAUGAAGCGACGAGUCGCUGAGAUGGAAUCCGAGGCUGCCAAGCUGCGCGAGAUGCAGGCCACCCUCGACCAGCAGACGGAAAACCUCCAGGAAAACAAGGAAGAUAUCGAUGCGCGUAGCAUUUUCGUCGGCAAUGUCGACUAUGGUGCUUCGCCCGAAGAGAUUCAGGCUCACUUCCAGAGCUGCGGCUCGAUCAACCGGGUGACGAUCUUGCUCGACAAGUUCUCUGGUCAACCUAAGGGUUAUGCCUACGUUGAGUUCUCGGAGCCCAGCCUAGUCGGCCAGGCCCUGGUAUUGAAUGAGAGUGUGUUCCGCGGUCGCAACCUGAAGGUCGUUCCCAAGCGCACCAACCUGCCUGGUAUGCACCGUGGUCGCGGCCGUGGUGGCUUUGGUCGCGGCCGUGGUCGAGGCUUCCCUCGCGGUGGUGGCUACCGUGGUGGCUACCGCGGCCGAGGACGCGGCUUCUCGCCUUACUAG